CCCAUAUUCAUAAUGCAAUACUACUACCAUAACUCUUAUCCGGACACUGUUCUACAACACUUCUUCUCUUCCUCUCUGCAACGAAUCCGAUCGCCAUCUGCUAAUGGGAGCGCAAAGGGAAACCAUAAUUCUCUUCCCUUUCAUGGCGCAAGCCCAUAUAACACCCUUCUUAGCCUUAUCUUUCACAAUUGCAGAAAAGGGUUCUUACAAUAUAAUCUUAGUUAACACCCCUUUGAACAUCAAGAAACUCCGAUCAUCUCUCCCGCCGAAAUACUCCUCCAUUCGCCUUCUCGAAGUACCCUUCGAUGGGGCCCAGCACGGCCUCCCGCCGGACGCCGAGACCGCCGACGUUCUCCCCUACGACGUCGGGCUACGCCUCCUCGAACUCUCCCCUUCCCUCGAGCCCGCCUUCAGAAAAUUAAUAUCCGAUGUGAUUCAGGGGGGGCUCCGGCCGCUCUGCGUCGUCGCCGACUUCUUUUUCGGGUGGACGGCCGCCGUGGUGCGCGAGUUCGGAAUCUUCCACGCUAUUUUCAGCGGCGGCGCCGGCGGGUUUGGUUUGGCUUGUUUCUACUCCAUGUGGCUUAGUCUUCCUCACAGAGAUUCCGAUAAGGUGGAGUUCACGCUUCCCGAUUUCCCCGAAGCCGGAGUUUUUCACGUCACUCAGUUAUCUCCGAGCUUAGCCGUGGCAAACGGCGCCGACCGUUUCUCCGUUUUCCAGCGGAAAAAUCUUCCGACAUGGGCGGAUUCAAAUGGGUUCUUGUUUAACACCGUAGCAGAGCUGGAAAAUAACGGGUUAGUGUAUUUCCGGCGAAAAUUAAACAUCCCGGUUUGGGCGAUCGGACCAAUAUUACUAUCGGAAGUCAGGGCCGGCAAAGAAUUUGGGAUUUCCCCGGAAGAAUGCAAAAAAUGGCUUGACAAAAAGCCGGAAAGCUCUGUACUUUACAUAUCUUUUGGUUCCCAGAGCACAAUCUCCGCAACCCAAAUGAUGCAACUGGCAAAAGCCUUAGAUUCCACCGACAGAAACUUCAUAUGGGUAAUCCGGCCGCCGCUGGGAUUCGAUCCCGCCGCCGAGUUUAUCCCCGAGGAAUGGCUGCCGGAGGGGUUCAUCGGACGCGUUAACGCCGGCGAAAGAGGGCUAAUAGUUCUAAACUGGGCGCCUCAGGUGGAGAUCCUCGCACAUUCCUCCAUUGGCGCAUUUUUAAGCCAUUGCGGAUGGAAUUCCGUCCUGGAAUCGCUCUGCAACGGGGUGGCGCUGAUAGGUUGGCCGAUGGCGGCGGAGCAGUUUUUCAAUGCGAAAUUCUUGGGAGAAGAAGUUGGGGUUUGUGUGGAGGUGGCCAGAGGGACUAAUUUUGAGGUGAGAUGGGGUGAUAUAGUGGAGAAGAUAGAGUUGGUUAUGGGGGAGAAUGAGAAAGGGAAAGAAAUCAGAAGAAAAGCUAUGGAGGUUAAAGAGAUUAUUAGGAAUGCUGGUAGAGAUGAAGAAGGUUACAAAGGGAGUUCUGUCAUAGCCAUGGAGGAGUUCCUGAAAGCUGCUGAGAUGAUGAAGGAAAGAGCAGAGAUUGGAAGAUAAUAAUACAUUUGUUGUAAAAUUAAUUCUUUUGUAAGUAUAUUUAAGAUAAGAUUAAGAAAAAGGUACAGAAUUGUAUAU